AUGCGGGGCCCAACUCUCAGGCAAUUAUAUCCCAUAAAUGAGAACGACCAGCCCUUCACUGUUUGCGACGACUGUGACCCACCACAAGAGCUAAACGUGAGCAGCUUGCGCCGGCACAGCAAGUCAGCGAAACAUCUACGAGCGGUUGCCGAGAGGGACCGCCGUAUCGCCGAAAGGAGGGAGGCGGAUAAGAAGAAGAAGCGCCAGGACGAAGCAGCACGGGAGAAGGAGGCCAAAGCAGCAGCUAAGCGCAAAGCGGAACAAGAGGAAGAAGUACAGGUCAAGAAGGUCCGCGGUGACUGCAUGGCGGCAGCCGAGAGCCUGAUCAAACAGCACCUGAGCAGUCAAUGCAAAGCAGGGGAAUGGACACAGGUCGACCGAGUCCGGAGGAAUGCCCUUGGCAUUGCCGACUCUUGUGACGGCGUCGAUAUGGAGGUCGUGGAGCUUGCUGCGCUCCUGUAUCGUCUUGGAGGAAAGCCGGAACGAUCGGCUUCUGACCUCAAGACCGUCCUCGGAGCUUUCCUUACAUCCACGUCAACCCGCGCCGCUCUUCACCACGCACAGGUCACUUUCUUGCUCGAGAUCAUCCCCGCCAUCCCAUGGUGUCAAGUGGAGGCCACUCUGCGGGAGAAGGGAGAAUGGACGGCGUGGCAUGACACCUGCAUUGAGCUACAUGCUGUACAGGACGCCAUCGCCAUCGAUCAGCUCGGAGCUAUGGCCAUCGCACGCUUCUGUGCGGAGAAGAUCAAAGCCCUGUCUAAGGGAGAUAACGAGCGACAUCUGGCCGAGGAGGUAUUCAGAGGGAUACUGGCGGAGGCCGAAGCAAGUACCAAGUGUAAAACUGUCCGUGGGGACAUUGAAGCGAAAGAGCGUCUGAAAAAGAUGCGCGACUACCUGGAUGGCUUGGCGCACGAGGAUUGGCCGGACUUGAAGACAGUACCGUCGGAGUGUUCGAGCGAGUCCUCGUCCACCCCUUCAUAG